ACACAAAAGACUUUAAAAAAAGAGUUUAAUUCAAAUAAUAGACAAUAAAUACAACUUGUUAAAUUUUUGCGCAAGCAAAAACAUCACGGUUUUUUUCAGUUUAUUUUAUAUUUUUUUAUUUUACUAUUAAUUUGCGUAUUCAAUAACCACCACGUUGUUAUUUAAUUAUGUUUUACAAUCUUUUAACUCGCACGUUACUUCCAGCGGCCUUGGGCAAUAACACCCGAUUAAAUGCACUACGUGCUCUAUCAUCGUCACCUUCAAUUGACACUGUCUUAGCCACAGAAAGUUCUUCCAAAGGUUUGAUUAUAUUAAACCGCCCAAAAGCAUUAAAUGCCAUUAAUUUAGAAAUGGUCAGAAAAAUCUACAAACAUUUGAAAAAAUGCGAAAAGUCAAAGUUGUUGGUUAUCAUUAAGGGCACCGGCGAUAAGAGCUUCUGUGCUGGCGGCGAUGUACGCGCUAUUGUCGAAGCCGGGCCCACAGAAGAAUCAAAGAGUUUCUUUAGGGAAGAAUACACUUUGAAUCAUUUAAUUGGCAAUUAUAAGAUUCCUUAUAUUGCUUUUAUGGAUGGAAUUACAAUGGGCGGGGGUGUCGGGCUUUCAGUUCAUGGAAGAUACCGUGUCGCCACAGAACGAACUUUGUUUGCCAUGCCUGAGACAGCAAUUGGUCUGUUUCCCGAUGUGGGAGGAUCGCAUUUCCUUCCCCGGUUGAAUGGCAAACUUGGUUUGUAUCUGGGUUUGACUGGUUUCCGAUUGAAGGGGGAAGAUGUGACUAAUGCAGGAAUUGCAACACAUUAUUGCCCGAGCGAUAAACUUAAACAUUUGGAAUCGGCACUGCUAAAUUGCAAUGAUCCAGAUGAUAUCCCAGAUAUUAUGAAUAGCUUAACAACUAAGCCCGAAAAGAAGUUUAUCCUAGGUCCGCAUUUGAAAACAAUCAACAAGUGUUUUGCUGCACCUUCGGUAGAGGAUAUCUUUAAGAAUCUUUCGGAAGAAGGCAGUGAAUGGUCUUUAAAUACUCUUGAUAUUUUGAAGAAAAUGUCGCCAUUAGCUUUGAAAGUUACCCACCGCCAAUUGGAACACGGUUCCAAUUUAUCUCUAACACAGUGCCUCAUUAUGGAAUACCGUAUGGUAGUUCGCCAUUUGGAAGAUAGCGAUUUCAAAGAAGGAGUUCGUGCCUUGCUUAUUGACAAAGAUCAAAAAGCUAAAUGGAAUCCAAGUACUAUUGAAGCUGUUACUUCGGAGCGGGUGGCAAAGUUCUUUGCCAAAUUACCAGACACUGAAGAAUUGAAAUUGUAAAUUUUGUUGGUUUUAUAUGUUUGGUUUGCGUUUUUGAUGAUAUAAGAUGAGAGAUGAGCGUUGUUUUGUGCCUUUUGAACAUUUUGAUUAACCCCCUGGUUUUUGCUAGCCUGAAUAUUAUUUAAGAUCAAAUUUGUUUUAGUUUUAGCAUUUUUGUUUGUUUUUUUUUUUAUAAUUUUGGUAUGUAUACUUGCAUUCCCCUUUGGAUUUUGUUUUUGAGUGCAAUUCCCCUCAGAUGUAAUUUUUUUAGAAUUGGAAAAAUCAUUUCAAUUUUCUUAUAUAUUUUUGCAGAACAGAACUUAAUUGGGUGUUGAAGAAUGGCGACAAGUACCUCCAACGAUAAU